AUGGAUGUCGCUUGGCGUUUUCGUAUCAUGAUCUUCACCGCGUUAGCCUUGAUGUUGUUCGGCGAUUUUUACGGUUAUGGCAGUGUACGCGGCGUACAAUCGGAUACAAAUCAGGCGGCGGCAGCGGCGGCCGCCACCACCGGACCGGGCAAAUUCCAGCAGAGCGACGCGGAUAUUGAAAUUGGCGAAGACACAGAAAUCAAUGAUUUCUCAGCUGUCGCGCUUCAACGCAAGCAAACCACGCUCAAAUCUCAAUUAACAGAUGCCAUCAAGGAGUCUUGCCUGCCCAAAAUGCUCUGCGAAAUGUCCGCAAAGCCAGAAUAUAUGCUCACCGAAAAGGAGAAGGAUCUCUUGUACUUAAUAAGAUCCUCCACCAUGUCGCUGGCAAUGAAUGCAGCGCCGAGUAAAUGGCAUUUCGCCGCUCACAUGGGCGAAUUACUUCGGUAUACAGGCGAUGAUAACAGCGGUCCAAUGGGUUGUGCAAACCUGUGGCCUAAUUGUCCGAUUAGUUCAAAGAAGUUAAUGAAAUUAUCGCAUAAGGUGAAGCUGUAAGAUAAGGUUUAAGCCACUCAAUUAAGAGUACAUACAAUUGAGUAUUCGAUGUACACUGGGAACACUGGAAAAUCGAAAUUCACAAAGGCUUACUUAAAUAAUGAAUGAGUGUUAAAGUCAAAUGUAAAGAGCGAGCUAAAGAGGGAGAAUAAUUUUAGACUAUACUUGCAUAUAAGUUUAGAAGAAAAAGUUCGAUUAAACAACUGAGUAGUAUUAGUUUAUUGUAUUGCCUUAUUUUCGAUAUUCAUAAGUAGUAUUUGCUUAUAGGAGUAUGACUUACAUACAUAUAUUGUAUGUAUGUAUAGUAUAUAGUCUUAAUCAGUAGAUGUUUGGUAGCGCUUGUUUUCAGAAACACCUUACUAUGUAAUUAUACCAGAAUUAUUAUUCUAAAUGCAUAAUUUGCAAUUUAGAAUCGAAAAGCUCUGAAAAAAUUUUCAAAACUCUCCAAAUUUUGAUAUAAACUAAAUUCUAAAAUAUUUUCGAAUAGCCUACCAAUAAUUUUAGUUUUAGUUGAGGUUUUAAUAUAGUUAACUUUGUAAAUACUUUUCGCUAUUACUUAGGGUAAAAAUUUUGUUUUGUAAGCGGCUUAUCCGGACGCUUGAAGUAAAAAAGAAACAAACGAAUUGUGUGCUUUUUGUCAAUUAAAAGUUGCAUUUUUAAUUAAGUACUUUUAUAAUACUAUAAGCAUUUUUUGUAUUAUUUAACAAUUUCAUUAAAGAUAUUUAAUAA